AAAUGGACGUAAAAUACGUCAGCAAACAUGGCGGCGGCGUAAAGAAAUGUGGGUUUUGCAGCCAUGUGAAUUUUGUCAGUUCAAAAACAAGGUAGAGACGGUGAGUGUUUGCAGUUUGGACUCAGGAUCACAGUUGUUCAGACAUGGCAGGCGUACAGAACAAAAUAAAGAAGCCGUCCUCCGGAAAGGUGAAGGAAAACUUCUGCAUUGUAUGUCGCCACAAAUAUUUUAAAACACUAGCACAUGAUCAUAUGCACAGCAAGAAUCAUCACAGUGAGCUGGACAAGGCGAUGGGCAAGGGUGCCAUUCACAGUUGCCAGGCAUGCAAGAUAAAUUCAUUGGAUUUGAACGCAUACACCAUUCAUACCCGAACAUCUCAGCACAAACUUCAGCUUAAGAAACUGAAGAGCAGCAAUGUUAAGCCUGUCUCUCUGCUCCAGAGUCUUGGCCCAGCUGCUGUAAAGAGCAUCGAGAUGAGAAACAAGGAACUGAAUAGAGUGACAAAGAAAAAAAAGAACAAGGCUAAAAAGAAACAAAAGCGGGAAGCCCGUCAAAGGCGUGCAGAGACACAACUAUAUGGAGUCCAAAACGGGGGACUGCACUCCAAAGAAACAAUACCAAAACAACCCAAACAAAUCCAAGGAAAAACUCCAAAUCAGUGGCAGCAGCCACACUUCCCAGGAAGCAACUGUGGUGUCAUUCAAAAUAAGGAGAACAAAAUGUUCCCCAUGCAGAAACCACCUCUAUGCAGACCAUUUCCUGAUCAGAACUGGAGACCACCUUAUCAGCCAAGAGCUCCUGCUGGUCAGCCUUUUCAUUACCAAUAUGGCCGGUAUCAGGACCAGCAAUGGCAUAAUGAUUGCUUUGCCAACGACCAGUAUUGCCUAGAAAAUAUGAACAGUUUCCAAAGUAGUCCAAAUAGCUGCUCUAGGCCUCCAGCUGGUCCGUCGAAACAAAUGAUGCCCACAGUGAGCCAGAGCAACUUGAACGAGCAGAAACCCGUGGGAAACUGUUUCAUCACCAGCGGACCGCUCCCUCAAGAUGGAGCCAACUUGCUUGCUCACAACCAAUUAGAGGAAGGGAAUUCCUCUCAACCAAAACAUGGGAAAACCGAGUCGGUUUGGCCAGAAAGUUCAAGCAGUUUGGAUCUGGGGGAUUCCAAAAACAAAUCUGACAGUCAGGCUCCUGCGCGGGACGUUGAUGUUGGCUUCAUGCUGAAGCAAAUCAGGAGAGCACUUGGCGUCAGGGAGCCAUGCAGGGCGGAUCGAGAAGCCCGGCGGCAGAACGGGAACGACCACACUGAGGAUCACAGUGCAGAGAAGCAAAAUGCUGCAGACCAGCAGGCGGAAACUCUGGCUAAGACUGAGCUGGCCAGCAUCCAUGCUACCACCGCUAAUGCUGAUGCUUUUCCUUCCAGUAUCACCAUCAAUGCUUCAACCUCUGUGAUGCCCGCUGAGCCCAAUUUUACCAAAUCUCCUAAAGUCCGGGUUGCCCACAAAUCCAGUAUGGCUAAAGCAGCAAAAGAGACCAUUCAUAAACCAAUCCUAGACAAGCUGCAUCACCAAUCAGGAGCCAAGAGCAGGUCGAACCGGGAUGAGAUGUACAGCAAUAUGAAAAGGAAGAGCUUAAAAGGCGCGCCGCGGUUCGGAAUCGAGUUUGGAACCCAGCCGACGGACGUUGAGCGCCCUCUGCAAGGUGACUUGCCGCUAUCUGAGGGUUUCCAUUGGGAAUCGUUUCCAAACAACCUUUUAGUCCCGUCUCCCACUCUGCCCUGUUCACAAGGCGAUCAGCUUGAAACGCAGUCAGACUUCCAGACACGGGACUAUUCAGAGCAACCCGACGUCCCCCCGGCAAGCUACAGCCGCAAGAAGGCAAAAAAGGUUACUGUGAAAGUGGAACCAAAAGUGGAGGAUGAGGAUGAAGAAGUGAGCAUGAAGAGGACAGUCAGUAUGGUGGAAGAAGACGGCCUUUCUGACAGACCAAGCUGUAAAAAGAGGAAAACAAAAUCAAGAAAGGAUAAUUUAGUCUUGCAUCACCAUGCAGACCAGAGUCGGAUGGACCAGCUGCUGGCUGUCUCGCUCCGGGAGGAUGAGCUGAGCCACUCGCUGCAGGAUCUGGACCAGUCUCUGAUCCAGGCGCGCAAUGCGCUGCAAACUGCGUACGCAGAGGUCCAAAGACUGCUGCUUCUGAAACAACAGGUUACAGCUGAGGUCAACAACCUGAGAACACUACGCAUUGAGAUCCUGCAAGGAAUGCAAGAAGGAUACUCUGGAGCUACUCCAGCAGAGCAGAGAAACUCCUCACCUGGUUCUGCAUCCACCAUGCCAGCAACUUCCUUUCCUUCCUCAUUGAUCCUGCAGCGGCCUGCAGCAACCCCGCCCUCUUUAAUGACUCAACCUCAGCCGGCUCCCCUCGCCCGGCUGGCUGGGUCACUGAAGCAAGAGGCGACUCAUGAAUUCGCAGCGGGACAGACGAGUCAGCUGUUCGUACCCUCUGCUCUGCAACCUACCACUGAGGUCCCCACUUUAGCUCACGGACCUCCUGAAUCCUCUGCCAGGCAGCAAGAGCAGGAGAUGAGGGACAGAUUGACAUGUGGAAAGACCAAGGUUUUGGAAAAACAAAUAUCUGAAUGUUUGGAUGUUGUGGAAUUAGCGGAAGAAAAUCAAACAACAGAACAGGAUAUAGGAGAAGAGCCUGGAAAAGAGUCCUCCUCGCGUGUGGACGAGGAGGACGAUGAGGGCAACGAGAGCGACGACUCAGUGGAGGUGGUAAAUGCCUCCACCAUGGAUGUCAUACACAUUGAGGAGUCAGAAUGUGAGGAUUCAGCAGAGACAGUUUCUCCAGAGCAGCCCGAAGAUCCCCAGGAGUCUGUGAGCCUGGAGUUGAGCUGUGUGAGCACGCAAACAUCUCAGCAGUGUGAGACAGAGAGGAAAUUUGAGCCUGCAGUUGAGCAGAAAAAAGAUGCGAGUCAGCCUGCAGAGUCUGUGGAAGAAAAGGAUCCUUAUUUCGGGGAGUUUUUGAGUCAUUCCGGCCCCGUCCACGGCCUCCAGAUCCACAACGGACAGCUGUACACAUGCUCAGGAGAUAACACGGCCCGGGCCUACAACCUGCUGACCAGAGAGUGUGAAGCGGUGUUUGAGGGUCACACAAACAAAGUCAACUGUCUGCUGGUGUCCUCUCUGCCGAACAUGCCGGCACGCCUCUACACCGGAUCCAGUGACCAAACUAUCCGCAGUUACAGCAUAAAGUCCAAAAAGUGCCUUGAGCAGAUCACCCUACCAGACAGAGUGCUGUGUUUGCACAUCGCCUGGAAUAUUCUGUACGUCGGGCUCGCCAGCGGCUCUGUCAUCAGCCACGACCUGAAGACUCUGAAGGAGCUGGACGUGUUGGAGUGCCACGGCCCACGCGCCGUGAGCUGCCUCGGCACGUCUCAGGAGGGCGCGCGGCGCCUGCUGCUGGUCGGGUCGUACGACAGCACCAUCAGCGUCCGCGACGCCAAGAGCGGCCUGCUGCUGCGGACGCUGGAGGGUCACACCAAGACCGUGCUCUGUAUGAAGGUGGUGAACGAUCUGGUUUUUAGUGGUUCCAGUGACACAUCUGUCCACGCCCACAACAUCCAUACUGGGGAGUUGGUUCGGAUCUACAAGGGUCACGGUCACGCCGUCACAUCCAUCGUCAUUCUGGGGAAAGUGAUGGUGACGGCCUGCGUGGAUAAAUUAGUUCGUGUUUAUGAGCUGCAGUCCCAUGAUCGUCUGCAGGUCUACGGGGGUCACAGUGACAUGGUGAUGUGCAUGGCUGUGCACAAGAGCGUGAUCUACACAGGCUGCUACGACGGCACCGUUCAAGCUGUAAAACUCAACUUGAUGAACAACUACCGCUGCUGGUGGCAGAGUUGCUCCCUGAUUUUUGGCAUUCAGGAGCAUCUCUUUCAGCACCUCAUCCAAGACCACAGCAACCCCAAUCUGCAGACGGUCAAAUGUCGCUGGAAGGAGUGCAACCAUUUUUUUAGCACACAGCAGUCAGUCAGACAGGAGCUGCCCGAACACAUGCAGAACCACAUUGAUAGUGACUGCAAGCUGCAGCCUUGACAGGAGGGGAGUUGAGGCUACGCAGAAGACAAUGCAGAGACUAUCGUAGCUUUGCUCUUUCCUUUGUAGAAACACGGCUGCUGUUGAUAUUCAGGGUUUAAAUUGUCACAUCUGACUUUUUCCUGGAAACAUCUGCUGCAUCAGACGUAAAGAGAAACUUCAAUUUUUUCCAGUUUCGACAGUAUUUCCUCUGUCCAGUUUUUUUUUUGUCUACAUGGUAGAAAGUAUCAGUCAUCCUUAUUUGACACAAUUUUAGUUAAUACCGAAUUGAUGUUAUUACAUACAUGAAGCAAAUCCUUCAGAUCAUUUCUAUAAAUAAUCAAUUUUAAGUAUUAUUUGUGCACUUAAGCAAAAAUAAUAAUGCUGACGUCUUCCAGCAUAAUUGUAUAAUGUAGAGGCCGUUUACACUAUAAACAUAAACAUAAUGGUGUCAUAAUUCAGUAGAUUUAGUCAUCCAGGUGCAUUACAACAAUAUCACCCAACUGGUGUAAAAUACUGAUCUGUUUUUAAGGAUUAUAAUACUUAAUAAAAAUGAUUUGAAAUUAUC